GUGUAAAUGGUGUUUAUGGAAAUGUGAAUGGUGGUACGUGGUGUAUAAAUGGUGGUAUGUGGUGUUAAUGAAAAUAAGGGUUGUGGUAUGUGGUGUUAACGAACGUGUAGGUAGAGUGUGUGCGAUGUUAACGAAAGUAUGAAUGGUAGUAGUUGGCUGGUUAUUUCACAAUUUUCACCCUUAUUAUACACCACUUGUGGAUGAAGUACUAUGAUUAAUGGUUAUUACCCCCUAGUAGCGAGGGCUCUUUAGCGUGCAAACGCCUACCGCCAUAGGGCCUUCCGAAAGACCCGUAAAUGCAGUGCAUUUGGAGGGCCAAUCACUACCAAUGUUUACGUCUUAGGUUGGCGAUGGCAUGAGGAGGAUUCGAAUUCAUGAGCUUCCGGUUAGGAAGCAAACGCUCUACCAUUGAGCAAUGCGACCGGUAAUUGCGUGGUGGUGGUGGUGGUGGAAGUAUAUAAAGAACCUAAAAGCCAGGAAUUAUUCGUUUACUUGCAUGACAAUCUGAGCAGUGUUUAUAUACUUCCACCUGAAGUGUGUCACAGUCUGUAUAAUGGAAUGAUAACGUGUUGUAAAGUUCUAACGAGAUACAAAUGGAGUUUAUCAUUUUGGUUCGUGGAUUUAUCAGAAUAAAGAGAAUCUUAUAUUUUCGGAAGCAAUCAACAGUUGUGAUCGAGAAGAGAGAAGGAGAAAAUUUCAAGUGUGAGAUUGUAUUUGAUGAGACUGAUAUGACAAUGGUACCAGAGCCAACUGUCAAACAGCACUCCAGCCAGCAACAUUUUCCUCUUGUAUUUUUUGACUUGGAAUCAACAGGAUUAACUAGAGAUUCUCAUAUUACACAGCUGUCGUGUGUGGUGAAGAAAAAUGUUCCACCUAUACCUUUCCAAAAAUACCUAUCACAGUAAAAGCCUCAGAAAUCACAGGAAUCGAAAUUGUCAAUGGAAAUAUGUUUAACAAAAAUAUAGAAGUCAAGCCUUUCAGCAGGAAUGGAUGCUCUGCUUAAUUUUGUUUCAAAAUUUUAAACUAAAGUAAUUCUGCAUUUACAAUGGCAGUGUAUGAAUGUCAACAAUAUACAGAAUGUUUAUUGUAUACUAUACCCAAUUUAACAUUUUCUGUUUAUG